AUGCCGGGCUUGCACAAGGCAUCAGCAUUUGAAUAUCCGAAUCAAACUACCACAAUAGUGCUAGAGGUGUGCUUUCAAUACAACAAAUAUAUAUGGUAUUUCUGGAAAGCAGUAUCUGCAUUGAUUCCCACAGGCAACAAAAAUAGACUCUACGACAUGGCGGUGACUAUAACCAAACUUCGGGCGCUGAUGGAGUGUCAACCUCUGAAAAUCCGGAGGGGCCGGCACCACAGGACAGGGGUAAACGGGAUCCGGCAGAGCCACGGGCUAUUGCAGUCUCCACCCCUCACCCUGUCUGACCUGGACAGCGGUUUGGAAGCACUGAACAGGACCCGAAGAUCUCCGCUCCGAUUUCAGGAUUCUCUGCCCGAUGACCUGAAAUGCUUUGAUCCAACCUAUCCCUGCUGCAUCGUGGAUGGUUUGGGAGCUGUUAAUGCGAAACGAAAGGAACCACUGCGAUUAGCUCGGAGGCUCUGCUAUGAUCUGUCUGACAGUGGCAGGUCUCCCCUCACCAACGGUGAAGAGGUCCCUGGGCCCUACAACCGAUUGAUAGCCAAAAGGAGGCGCUCUUUGUCUCACCUUCCAGAUGCCUGCCAAGCAGAUGUACCCCCCUGCUCAUUCCCCCAAGGCCUGGCAGGGGGCCAGUCUGACGUGAACCUCACGGUCCGCCUGUUGGACAGUGGGAAGAAGCGGGCACAGCUGGUGGACCACCUGAAAGAGGCACACCAGCUUUUGGAGGGGCAGUCUGAACAGCUGAGGAAACGCAACGGUCAACUGUUGGAGAGCAAAGCCAAGAUUGAGUUGCUCUCUGCCAAACAGAAACAAUUGGAAAAUUCAAUUUCUCAACUAGAAGGGGAGAAGAAUAUGCUGGAAAUGUCACGACUUGAAGAUCAAAAGAGAGGUGGAGUGCUGCAGGAUAAGGUUUCGCAUCUGGAGGCAGAAAUGGCCAAAACAAAAUCGUCCCUGGAUCUCAUCAGCAGCAGCCAUGGGUCUUCUCCUCCCCCUCUCUCAUUUCCCUCGGCCAAACUGGAGGAUGGAGCUUUGAAACAGGACGGCUUGUUACGGGAGCUGCAGUCUGUGCGGGACACCCUUCGAGUAUAUCAAGAGCGGGUGAGAAGCCUGGAGGAGGAGCAAGACAAAGCCAGAGAAGACUUGAGAAGCUUUCAGGAGGCUCAACACUUGACACUCUUGACAACCAAUCAGGCCAAUCAACGACUGAAUGAUUCCUUGCGUGCACAGACAGGUCUGCAUGAUGAGGUGAAUCAGCUGCGCCUCAAGUACAGUGAAGUCAGUUUGGAGAGAGACGUGCUCUGUUCGAAAUCAGUGAGACUGGAAGAGGCCGUGGCCAACCUGAGAACGCAACUAACAACUGCAACAGCAGACAAAGACCGAUUGCUGCAGGAGAAGCUGGAAUUACACAAACAGGUCCAGCACUUGACUCUAGAGUUGGAGCGAGCCCUGAAAGGGAAGGAAGGCUUUGACGAGCAAGUUGCUGAUCUGCAUAUGGAAUUGGUGAGCACCAAAUCUCAGGCCAACAGACAAGACCAGGAGAAAGUCUUGCUGCAAGAAAAACUAGCAACCAUCAAACAGGUGAACGACAGGCUGACCUCGGAGCUCGGUGAGUCCCGGCAGAGGCUGGGGCUGUGCCAGGACCAGCUCCACCAACUCCAGGCCGAGAAGACCAUCUUCAGCAACCAAAUCGAAGCUCUGCAGAUGGAGCGCAGCCACUUGGUCAGUGAGAAGGAGAUGUUGCUGAUCGCUGUCCAGGCAGAGGACAAGAUGCACUUGGACGAGCUCCUUGCUCUGCGACAAAACUGCGAGGAGCUUCGGUAA